AUGGAGCCAUCAAAGGUUCAACAAGCAGAGAAAACGAAAGAAACUGAUCAAGAGCCGCCGAUGAUGGACGCAGAGGAACCUAACGACGCAUGUGUUUCAGCUCUUAAUAUGAUAUUCGAGUCUCUGAUGAGAACUACCAUAUUCUCAUCUGACCUCGCGAUAACAAUUUUUCCAGAACAACAUGAGAGAUUCGUAGAAAACUACUUAAACCACUUUUACCAUCUAUUUCUCAACAAACUAAGUCUUCUGGAAGAGAAUGUUGGUGUUUCUGAGAUUUUGAUAACCGUAUUGGAGAUUCUUCAUGGCUGGAAUAGUCACAUACAAUUCGAAGACCUGGUGAAAAUGAAGUGCGUUAGAUGCAAGAUGGUUACUCAAUAUCCACCAGAACCUUCUUUUGGUUUAUUCAUCAAUGCCACUUCACUCAGAGAAACCAAGUCUGCGUUUGAGUAUUUUACGUUUGAGAGAAUCAUUAAAUUCAUCAAGAUCAACUCUACUAUGACGCCUUGCAAAACAGAAGGAUGUGAGAAACUAAGCUACGUAGUUGAUCAUAUUAUCCCUAAACUUCCUUCUGUUUUCACCAUUGCACUAGGGUGGGAGAACAAUGAGACUGAAGAAGAGAUACUUGCUACCACUUCUGUUCUGGCUACUGAGAUAGAUAUUAGUAAGAUAUAUAAAUACGAAGGUGAAUCACCACAGACCAAAUACAAUCUUGUGUCAAUGGUUUGCUCGCAUGGAGAUCAAUACGCUUGUGUUGCUUAUGGAAACGAUAGAUGGGUCUGUUACUAUCCUUUUGAGCAAGAGGUUAUGGGAGACUGGGGUAGUGUUAUCGACACUUUUGUACGACUGAAUAUGCGACCUGAGAUUCUAUUUUUUGAAAAUGAUAUGCAGAGGAAGCAGAUUGUGAAACUCCAGAUAAAUACACCAAUUGCUGUGAAAAAUAGGGUUAUAGAAAAAUGGCACCAACUGCAAAUGUUUCUGUUAUUCCUUCAGCCCCAAUCUUGA